AUGACUCUCAAGACAAACACGAAAGCUGGUUCAUUUAGCUCACUCGAUCCUCCUAUAUCACAAUGGAUUGUGGAUGCCGUUACAGCAAUGGGCUUUUCUCAUAUGACUCCCGUACAAGCCAAUACUAUACCACUAUUCAUGCAGAACAAGGACGUGGUAGCUGUUACUGGGUCUGGAAAAACACUUUCAUUUGUGAUACCUAUCUUGGAAAAAGUCUUAUCUAUGGAAAGGGCUGAAAAGAAAGCGAUACGUGCGAUUGUGAUUAGUCCUACAAGAGAACUGGCUACACAAAUAUUCGAAGUAUUCUCCUCAAUCAUACGGUGUCAUCCAUCCUCUGUAAACCAACUCGGGGAAGAUUCAGAAGCAAAGGAUGAUUCUGAUUGCGUGAGAGCAAUGUUACUCAUUGGUGGAACUGGAGCAAGUUCGAUUAGGAAAGAUAUGAAAGAGUUUCGAGAGAAUGGUGCAGAUAUCUUGAUAGCUACUCCAGGUCGUUUAGAAGAGUUCUUCGUUGCUCGUCAUGCUCUUGUCAACUUGAAAGCAUUAGAAAUGCUAGUACUUGAUGAGGCUGAUAGGCUGCUCGAUCUUGGAUUUGCUCCCGUCUUGACCAACGUAAUAAGUCAUCUACCCAAACAAAGGCGUACCGGACUCUUUUCCGCGACGCUCCUCAACGAUGGAUUGACCGAGCUCAUCAAAGUUGGUCUUCGAAACCCAGUGAAGAUUGUCGUCAAAGUUCAAACAAACAAGCAACUCUUGGUAGAGGAUGACCGAGUGCCGAGUGGUUUAAUCAAUUAUUUUCUCGAAGUACCUAAAAUCGAAUGGAAGAUGUCUCAAUUGAUCAGACUAUUAAAUCAAAUGAUCAUUCCAAAACCACAAGGUGAUGGAGCUCAUAAGUUUAUUGUCUACAUGUCUACUUGCGCCUGUGUCGACUACUACUAUAAAAUAUUGUCUAAGCUAUCGGAGCUGGAAAACUUUGCAAUCUAUUCACUCCAUGCUCAACAAUCUCCCACAAGACGUUCCAUCACUUACAAUUCCUUCAAAACUUCCCCACUCUCCAAGCCUACCGUACUUUUAUGCACCGAUCUCGUGGCCAGGGGACUCGAUCUACCUGACAUUGACGUCGUGAUCCAAUACGAUCCUCCUAAGGAUGUCCGCAACUUUUUUCAUCGGAUUGGACGUACUGCAAGAGCUGGACGGGGUGGGAAAGCUAUCGUUUUCCUUCAAAGUGGUCGGGAGUUGGACUAUAUUGGUCGGAAAACCCCAACUACUCCAAGAACAACACAUCCUACGCUACCUGAUACCGAUGAAGAGGCCUCUGUGUUAAAUUCGGUCAUCAAGACUAUCGUAAAGACUGAUCGUGAUCUCCAUGACAAGGCAGUCAACGCAUUUGUGUCUUACAUUCGAUUUUACUCGAAUCAUGAGGCAUCUUAUAUAUUCCAAUUGAAACAUCUUGAUCUAUUACAACUUGGAUUUGAAGGAUUCGGAUUGAUUAGGAUGCCUAAGAUGCCCGAACUGAAAGAUUAUCAAGGUAAAGAUGGCCCAUUGACAUCUGAAGGCUUUAAAAAGGAAGGACAUGAUUUUAAGGUGAGCAAAUAA